GAUCGCUCUUCAUUCGCUGUCAAACGCUGCAACUGAACAACACGGCUGCGGACCGAGCGAACGAGCGAAUCGGCAAAAAAAACCGUGCAACUGUGGUGUCGAUUGUUUUGUGUCCGUCACAAUUGCCGUAACCGCGCUGUGCUUAGUCCCCUAGUCUUUUUUGUCGUGUUUUUUUCCGAAGCCCUCGCAUCUGGUUUUUCGUAUGAAAAGUGUGCAGUGUCGUGCGGUGAAGAAGCAGUGGCAAAGAAACCAUAACGCUUGGCUGUGUUACUAUUUCCUUCCCUCUUUCUCUCUCUGUCUCUCUCUCUCUUUCUCUCUCUCUCUCUCUCUCUCUCUUUCUCUCUAUCUCACACACACACUCUAUUCGGGGCCCGUUGGCAGGUUCGCAGUGCUGCAGUGUUUUCUAGUGUGGUACCGUAGUGUUGUUGGCGGUGAAUCGCGGUAGCAGGCGAAGGCAUCCUCCCCUGGUUCAUGGCCAACUAGACCUCGGUAGUUGGCCGUGUUGCUUUGCGGAUUACCUUUACCUUGCCCGUUCCCGAUCGAAGUGUGUGCCCUUUCGGGACGAUGCGUGACAGUGUUUGCUGUGUGUGUGUGUGCACCAUUGUAAGCCUGUGUUCUUCCACUCUCACUCUCUGUCUCUCUCUGUCCAACUAGACCGGAUUGAAGCUGUAAACCAUUACCCGCAGCAGAAACGUGGAAAAAUUGCAGAAAAAAAACUAAUCGUAAUCGUUGCACAGUAUGGUGGCGAUAGGGGGAAAGAAAUAAGAGUUGGAUUCCCGGGCCCGGCCUGAUGUGUGGCCUGCUGGCUUUCGUCCUUCUCAACGUGCAGACUCCGUCAGUGUGACCGUAGUGGCAGUAGCAGUAGCGUAUGAGCGUACCGAAAUAGAGCCUAUUUUUGGAACACGAGGAAGCAGCUGGAAGCAACACGUUAACCUGUCGACAUUGGAUCCGGUCAAUUGUGAAGUUUUGAACGGUGUCAAUCGUUGAAGAAAGCUGGUUGAAAACACAAUACCGCGGUCCGACGAAAGUGGCUCUUAGGCAGGGUCUUGUUGUGUUGUCUGGAACUUUGGUUCGCAAACUAUGAAAUCGACCGGUGUGCAACGAGUUACAGCAGCAACGGUAGCAUCAUCGGUAGUACGGGACCGUGAUCACCCAAUGCCCCAAGUGCGAAGUCUUAGCUGGAGAGGUUCCGCGUCCAUCAACGACCGGAUAGCUAUGGACAAAUAUCAGGAGCAGCGGCCAUUAUCUCUACGCAAGACGCGCAGCCAACGUCUGCUGGACCAACCUGUGCUUCAUUCUGUCGCCAAAGCCAAACUGAUGCCACGGUUUACGCGCAUUCAAGUGUUAAGCAUCAUCAAAUUAGCGACCAUGGAUAAGCUGCGCGAGUCGGGCGCAGGGGAUGAUCCCACCACUCAGCAACGGUUGGCCACGGACGGCCAGAGUGGAACGGGGGCGGCGGCGGCGGCGGCGGUCGGCGGCGAAGGAACGUCCGACGAGUACCAUCAUCAGUUUUACAACACUGGCCGGAUAGGACGGCGGAACGCGCUGCCAGACAUACUGGGGACGCACUGUACCACGACCACGGCCGAUCUGUCCUCGCAACUCGGUUCCCUCUCUACCUCGGACUGUGCCGGUAAGGCGUCCGACGGGAGCAGUAGUUGCAUAGCAGCCGGAAACAAUGGUCAACCGCCACCGACGACAACCGCUACGUAAAGCCAGCCCACCUGCUGCUGCUGCUGCUGCUUGCUUGCGCCUGAGCUUGCCCGAGAGGAAUGAUGGUGGUGUCUCCGCGCUCUGCCAGUCUAUGUCGCUGCACUAUGUUUGGCCAGACAAAACAAAGGAAAAUCCUGUCCACAACAGUGUGUUGUGGAAAACGUGCUGUGUAUCGUCUUCGAUACUGAAGUCAAAGUGUGGACCGUAGUAGCGUUUCCAACACACCGACCAACACAUCCGGACACAGGAAAUGGAUGCGCAUGGAUGGCGUGAAAGACGCGGAGAAGUGUAAAAGAGUGGGUUUCUGGUUAGGUAAUUUAUUUAUUUCUCUCACAGCCUGAAAAACUUGAUUUUAGACCUAUCCCGCAAUUGAAAGUCGGUCGAAGAGCGUAGGCUUAGCAAAAAAAAAAAAUAAAAAUACACGAUAAAGUGCAAAGGAAGAAGAAAACCGACCCCAAAGAGCCAAAGAUAGUGGGAUGCGUUUCGGAACGGUGGUGCAAAAUGGAAGCAAAAGGGCGGAUAAGCGGAGAACAUUUUUAAAAGAUGCUAGUUAGAUGCUUUCGUAUGCGAAUGUGGCUCAGUUUUGUUUGGUAGUUAGGGCAAUGAACGUAACGAAGGAUGGCAGCACACCGUCGAUGCGGGUGCAGCUUUGUUAAGGUAUCCCAUGAAUCAGAGCCCAGCCCAUGAAUGAUGAAUUAUGUCGUUGGGCCGAAACGAUAAGUUUUUAGUCGCCGAUCUCGCACCAGUAGUGUUGCUCUACAACUCUCUAACUGUAACGCUCGUUUGUCGAUGCUGUAGAUCUAUAUUGCAACAAUGCAACAGUGUUUGGCGCAGGGAGAAGGAUACUGCUGAAAUUCUGUGUAAUCUACCAGUGUUUGAGGUCAGUGUGUUUAUUCUGACAAACGGACAUGUUAAUUACCAAAACUUUAGUGAUUUCGCUGACUUCAGAUGCAUUUUCUCUCGAAACGCUGGUUCCAAGUUCCUUCAUGGUGUCGAUUGUGUUGCAUUGCCCUUCAGGUAUUAUCGUAAGGUGGGGCGGUUCGCGAUCAUCGUCCUUCGAACUUUGUUUGCGAUCGUUCCCAUGUACAGUAUGUAUGGAGAGGUAUGGUGUUUAGCAGUCCAGUCAUUGGUUGAUACUACCAAGAGAUCUUUGAAGUGAAUUAUCACUAGCUUUAGUAAACUACGUUUCGCACACACGUAUUACAGGGAGUUGAUCCUUUUUAAUGGUAUCGCUAUAAUUUAUAAGAUCCGAUAAAGAUAACUUCGUUUAGCUUCUAGCACCACCUGACAAUGACAGCUCCUUACAGCUAGCAGCGAACUGCAGGAUUAUAGAUAGGUUUAAAACCCGUGAAUCAUCUAAAGGCUUUUAGCACGCGUAAGGCGCCUCAGAAGUAAUGUGUCCUAUCUCAUAGUGACUUAUUCCUCCCAUGCACGCCACUCCCGCCCAUCGCACAUGUCUUUAAAUGAUUUGUUCCUUACACCUGUUCUCACUAGGGUAAACAACGAAUUUUUGCUCCUUUUUUGUUCAUGUCCAAAGAUACAUUUCAACACGUUGCUUUUUCCACCUUGUCUGGGGAGAAACGCGUGGAAAUGGGGAUGCGUGUAAUGUGGUAAUCUUACGAAUUAUGUCCAUGUGAUAAAUUAGACGAACCAAGGAUGAAAAGGGAUACAAUAAUGAGAGCAAAUCAAUGGCAAUUUACUUCGUGCAGUCGUGUUGCGAAUUAGUUUCUACUGUUGUGUGAUGCUACGUUUUGUUGUGCAAAUGCUCUCUUUCGCUCUGUAAAGCCGCUGCCAGUUUUCCAUGACUACCUUUUUGUUUAUUUUUUUUUUUUUUUUUUGUACUGAACGUUCGGGUUACACUGUCGUUUUAUAAAAUGUCUUACUUUAAUCGUGCACAAUGUUCUAGUUUUGCAGUAUGAAUGGACGGAUGGAGUAUUCAAACGCUUUUUUGAAUGUUACAAAACACCACGAAUCAUACCAAGGUACGCUAAAGCGAUUUAAACAGAAGCUUUUAAAUGAACAUCACGUUAACAUGAGCAACAAUAGGGAGGAAGUUCGAGGAGACUCCUUAGCAGUGGAGCUAAAGUAUGAGAGGAAGAAGAGGGCAGAGUGAUAGAGGGGGAGAAGUGGAUGAUAAUAAAAGUAUGAUAAAGGGGAGAAGAAAACGCCCCCAUCUAGAUGUGUCAAUUGUCGAAAUACAAAAAUAAUAUAAGUUCAGUGGAAAAACAAAUUCCCCCUCCCCCUGACGUUGGUGUAAUGCAAUGUAAAGGCUGAAAAAGCCAGUGGCAACUGGUAACAGUGACUUUGCAUUCGGAACCCCCAAUAGCAGAAAUGAAAUUUACAAAACCAAGAGUUUAUACAACUAAAAUUAGGCACACUGUGAACAUCAGAAAACGGAGAGCAGAGCGGAGGAAAAAUUGGAAGUACAGAGACGAACGGGGGAAUACAAACAGUGAAACUGGAGUGUGGAAUUAUUUUUCAAAUGUUUUGAUGAACUAAUCACUAGUUUCAGUACCGGAGAUGAUGUGUGUUGUGUUCUUUUUUUGUAGUCGCAUAUUGGUAAGCUUGCCUAGGAACGCAAGGGAAACAAUUAACACAAUUUCGAAAAAAUCUUUUUUGUAUGCACAUUCACGUAAAGUCACGCGUUACAACCGAGGCUAGAAAGAUGCAUACCACAACAAAAACGAGAAAAAUCAAUAAAAUAAGCCCCCCUCGCCCUUUGACACCAUACCGAUCACACAUAGCAUUAGCAGCAAAAUGUAUAGGUUUUAAGAAUUGUAUUUAUGCUAAACCGGUAUAUAAUAUAAUAUAUACACACACAUUACAAUGAAUGAAUAAAUGAAUGAUGGCGCAAAAUGA